AUGGGAUUGCUAACUAUUAUAAAGAAACAGAAAAUAAAAGAUAAAGAAAUCAGAAUAUUAACUUUAGGAUUAGAUAACUCAGGUAAAACAACAAUUAUCAAAAAGCUACUAAAUGAGGAUACAAAUAUAAUAUCACCCACCAUGGGUUUUCAAAUUAAUUCAGUUUCAUAUAAAGAUUAUACUUUCAACAUGUGGGAUAUAGGUGGUCAAACUAGUCUUAGAACAUUCUGGGGAAAUUAUUUUGAUAAAACUGAUUUAGUAAUAUGGGUUAUUGAUGGUUUAAAUAUUGAAAGAUUGAAUGAACUGUUUAAAGAAUUACAAGAUAAAAUAAUACAGCAGGAUAGAUUGAAUGGGAUAUAUUUGGCGGUGUUAAUCAAUAAGAUUGACUUAAUACCGGAAGGAGAGUCGAUUGAUUUAAAGAAGAAAGUCAAUGAUUUAUUACAAUUAGAAAAACAAAUACCUUUAGAUAAAUUUCAAAUUGAGUUAGUUUCUGGUAAAUCAGGACAAGGUAUAACUCAAGUACUAGAUUGGAUAAUAACAAGAGAUUUUUAG